GAAGCGGGCAGCAUGAGAGAAAUCAGUGUUGGACCAUCCAUUUCUUAAGCCCGAUUUCAAAGCCAUCGAUUGCGUGCAAGCCGAGGAGCUACUUAAUCCCCCUCUCUCCAGCUCUGACUUGGUUGGUGUUGCUGAGUUGAACCAUUGACAAACCAUAACCCCUCCUUCUUAGCCCCUCUCCUCGCCAAGAACAAGCUCGCUGAGUCGCUCUUGGGUAACGAGCUGUUUCGAGAAGACCAAAAUCUCACACUUUCUGCACGUCACGUAGCAAAACAGCCCAGUCAUGACCCUGUCAGACAUUGAAAACAAGGCCGCCCCCGGCGUGCCGUACUUUACUCCGGCGCAGGAGCCCGCGGCCGGGUCGGCGCUGGACCCCGCAUCGGCUCCGACUCUCUUCAAGCCCCUCCGCAUCCGCGGCGUCGAACUUCACAACCGCUUCGUGGUCUCGCCCAUGUGCACAUAUAGCGCUCGCGAUGGCUACCUGUCCGAUUUCCACCUCGUCCACCUCGGUCAAUUCGCGCUCCACGGGGCCGCCCUGGUCACCGUCGAGGCCACGGCUGUCGAGCCCCGCGGCCGCAUCUCCCCCAACGACUCGGGUCUCUGGGAGGAUGGCCAGAUAGCGCCGCUGAAGCGCAUCACCGACUUCAUCCACAGCCAGAACUCAAAGGCUUCUAUCCAGCUUGCCCACGCGGGACGCAAGGCCAGCACCCUGCCGCCCUGGGUCGGCGGCACAGUUAACAAGACCCUUGCUCCCGAGAGUGUUGGCGGCUGGCCGGAGGACGUCGUUGGCCCCAGUGCUAUCCCAUUUGCAGAGGAUCAUGCCAAUCCCCACGAACUGACCGUGGAGGAGAUCAAGGCCAUGGUUCAGAGCUUUGCAGAUGCUGCCGUCCGAGCUGUCAAGGCUGGAUUCGAUGUCAUUGAGAUUCACGGCGCGCACGGCUACCUGCAAACCAACUUUCUAUCACCCACUUCCAAUAAAAGGACAGAUCAGUACGGUGGCAGCUUCGAGAACCGAACCCGCUUCCUGACCGAGACGAUCCAGGCAGUGCGGGCCGUCAUCCCCAAGGAGAUGCCCUUGUGGCUCCGUGUCUCCGGUACGGAAUGGGUAGAAUGGACCGGCGAGCCCUCAUGGGACAUCAACGAGACCAUCCGCCUGGCCAAGCUACUCCCCGCACUGGGCGUCGACGUCCUCGAUGUCAGCAGCGGCGGCAACAACGAGCAGCAAAAGAUCAAGGUGACGCAGACGUUCCAGACAGACCUGGCGCGCCAGAUCCGCAACGCCGUGCGCGCCGAGGGAUUGGACCUGCUCAUCGCCACCGUGGGCGUCAUCACGGAGAGCGAGUUCGCCAAGUCGGUCGUGCAAGAGGACCAAGAGCCCUCGGCGGACCUCGUCCAGGCGGCGAGGCAGUUUUUGCGAGAGCCGAACUGGGUGCUCAGCGUGGCGCAUGAGCUGGGCGUGCCGGUGAAGUGGGCCAACCAGUAUCACCGAGCUCCGCCAAAGCCCAAGGGCCGAUCGCAGUCGCCAACGGUGUUAUCGGAGGAAUCUCUCCCACUGCUGACCGCUUUGGGGCCAUCGGAGGUUGUAGCGCCGCCGGUUAAGUGGGGGCCAUCGGAGGGGACGAGCUUGUUUAGCGGAGUACUCUGGGCGUUGGCAGUCAACGGGCGAGGCGGAGGGAUGAUGCAAUCAGACCGAGGUACAUGCCAGCCCCGAAAUCUGUUAUUCUAUUGCAUAAAGCGGCAUCUGUACGAGCGGCCAAAAAUAAAGCCCCGGGUAGGAAGUCGCACGUAUAUUUCCUGGAGCAGAAAUCGGGGGAGCCGGAGCUGGAAUGCCCGUGUUAGCUGCCCGGGUACAGUAGGGGUACCUGCGCUUGGGGGGCUGUGGCGCACGCGCAGGGCACCUCGGCCUAUGAGAGCCCCUCCCAUCAUGCAUCACAAGCGCAUCGCCUGCGGCCUCAUGGCAGCUCUUGCUGCCGUCGCCUCUGCCGCUGAGGGCUCUGACGUCGAGCAGCUGACCCAGGCCACCUUUGACGAUUUCGUCAAGGAGAACCCCCUGGUCCUCGCCGAGUUCUUCGCUCCCUGGUGCGGCCACUGCAAGGCCCUCGCCCCCGAGUACGAGGAGGCUGCCACCACCCUCAAGGAGAAGAACAUCCGCCUCGCCAAGGUCGACUGCACUGAGGAGGCUGACCUCUGCAAGUCCUACGGCGUUGAGGGUUACCCCACCCUCAAGGUCUUCCGUGGCCUUGACAACGUCACUCCCUACAGCGGUCAGCGCAAGGCUCCUGGCAUCACCUCCUACAUGAUCAAGCAGUCCCUGCCCGCCGUUUCCAUCCUCACCAAGGACACCCUCGAGGAGUUCAAGACCGCCGACAAGGUCGUCGUCGUUGCCUACCUGGCCGCCGAUGACAAGACCUCCAACGAGACCUUCACCACCCUCGCCGACGGUCUCCGCGACACCUACCUCUUCGGUGGUGUCAACGAUGCCGAGGUCGCUGAGGCCGAGGGCGUCAAGGCCCCCGCCGUCAUCGUCUACAAGAACUUCGAUGAGGGCAAGACCGUCUACACCGGCUCCGAGUUCUCUGAGACCGAGCUCUCCGCUUUCAUCUCUGCCGCCGCUACUCCCCUGGUUGGCGAGGUUGGCCCCGAGACCUACUCCGGCUACAUGGCCGCUGGCAUUCCCCUUGCCUACAUCUUCGCUGAGACCGAGGAGGAGCGCAAGGAACUCGGUGCCGCUCUUAAGCCCAUUGCUGAGAAGUACAAGGGCAAGCUCAACGUUGCCACCAUCGACGCCAAGAACUUUGGUGCUCACGCCGGCAACCUGAACCUCAAGACCGACAAGUUCCCCUCCUUCGCUAUCCAGGAGAUCGCCAAGAACCAGAAGUUCCCCUUCGACCAGGAGAAGGAGAUCACCUUCGACAACAUCGCUCCCUUCGUCGAUGACUUUGUUGCCGGCAAGCUUGAGCCCAGCGUCAAGUCCGAGGAGAUCCCCGAGACCCAGGAGGGCCCCGUCACUAUCGUCGUCGCCAAGAACUACAAGGAUGUCGUCCUCGAUGACGAGAAGGAUGUCCUGAUUGAGUUCUACGCCCCCUGGUGCGGUCACUGCAAGGCUCUCGCCCCCAAGUACGACGAGCUUGCCGAGCAGUUCGCCGCUAGCGACUUCAAGGACAAGGUCGUCAUCGCCAAGGUUGACGCCACCCUUAACGAUGUCCCUGAUGAGAUCCAGGGCUUCCCCACCAUCAAGCUCUACCCCGCCGGUGGCAAGGAUGCCCCCGUUACCUACAGCGGUUCCCGAACCAUCGAGGACCUCGCUGCCUUCAUCAAGGAGAACGGCAAGUACAAGGCCGAUGUCUCCGCCAAGGAGGCUGGCACUGAGGAGGCUGCUCCCGCCGCCACCGAGGACGGUGAGAAGAAGGAGGAGGAGAAGGCCGCCGAGGGCCAUGAUGAGCUGUAAACUUGAUGUCACAUUAGCACGCAAAAAAGGGCAUGUUUGAUUUCACGGGCGCGGGUUUGAAUGGUGCGCUUAUUGGAAUGCACCUAUGAGGUUUCAUAGUUUCCGUCCGUGGCAAUAUUGGACUCUUUUAUGAUCACGCACACUUUCUCCAACUGUUACU